AUAAACGAUUGCAGAGGACUGGAUCGUCAUAGAAAUUGUAAGUGCUUUGACAAAAGUGUUGAAGAUGAAGACACAUCAAUAUCCAAGAAACAUGAAGAUCGCGGCUCUUCUGUGUUUUUAUUUUCUAUUUGUCAGCAGCCCCAGUAGCAGUUUGGAAAUGAAAUAUGUGGAUGAUGUCUAUGAAUCGCUCUGGCAAAACAAUACAGACAUUGCCAGUAUGACACUCAAGGUGGACUUCCUAAGGGAAAUGGAGAAUGGUAGCCUACAAGCGGAGCGAUACGUCAAUUUCACAAUACAAGACAUCAACUACAUAGUGAAUGUGACGCAGAUGUUGAAGGAAAUGAGUGAAAAUGUUACCCAACCUACAGAUCUCAGUAAUUUCAUGAAGAAGAUGUUUAAUUCUUACUUACAGUCUGCCAAUUAUUUCAUCGAUCUAUAUAAUUUUAAGGGCCCACCUUUCGUCAAGGAAACUCCAGCUAUGAUGAACUAUCUGUCAACCUACAGAACACUGAUGAAAGAUCCAUUGUAUUUUGCUGUGGGUCUUCUGCCCUGCUCUAGACUCUGGCCGUGGUUGGCAAAAAAUCUCAACAUACCUCCAAACAAUCCCUACUACACCUGGAAACAGCAAAAUAUGGAUGGCCACCCUGAGAAGGAUUUCAAAGCUCUGCUGAACAAAUAUCUCAACACAACUGAGAAAGUGAUGUUUGCUAAUUUUGUGUUUCGUAUUCAAAUGCUAAAUGAGUAUAAUUUCUUUAAUACAUCCUAAGUAUUUAGCAUAGGCAAGAAUAAGAAAAAGGCUUGAUAGUGGUACGAUAAAUUUUUUUUGUUUUUUUUGUGGUGGAUUAAUAACCCUUUAUUGAAGCAAUCAGAAAUCUUAUUCACUGAUUUUCAAUGACAUGAUUCAUGUGAUCUUUGUAAUUUUUCUUACAUAAUUGUAAUUUUAAAUAUUAUAUAUCAAUUAUACAUCUUCAAGAAGUGUAAAACAUCUCAGAAAUGCUCUUAAGAAUAGUCUUAAGCUAUGACUUAAGUGUCAAAAAAUUCUUAGUAAGGAGUAGGAGCAGUCUGAGAUUAGGAGACGUUUAUAAAGAGGCUGAAAACAACUUUCAGUAAGGUGUAAGACUCAUUCUUAAAUGCUGACUUAAGUGCUGCAAACUGAGGACUACAAUGAUUUCAACCUAAAAUCGUCACGUCAUUAAACACACAUAAAUCUUGCUAUUAAUCAAUAAAUUAUUGUAAAUGUAGACUCA